AUGACAUACCGGGGCUCCUUGCCUUCGGGGCAGGCCUUCAAUGGCCAGCAGCACGUCCCCCAACCCUACCACGAUCCCUACGGCAAUAGCAAUGGCAAUGGCGGCGGGAGUGGGAAUGGCCAGAACCAAAACUACGCGAACGCUGCAUACGGCAGUCACGGCCAAGCGCAACCGAUUCAUGGCAGCUACCACCAUCAACCGCCUGCCCAAGCUCCGGCUCCUAUCCUUCCUGCGCCUACUCCGAUGAAUAUGCAGGCGAACGGAUAUGGGCAGUUCCCUGCGUAUGGCGGCACCUUCCCGCAGCAGCAACAACAGCAGCAGCCGCAAUACCCCCACCAUCACCAACUCCAGCAGCCCUUUCCUCACGGGAAUACGAUGAACGUCCAGUUUGCGCCUCCUCAUUCGCCCUUCGUUCAAACCACACACGCCUCUCGUUCUCCUGCGCUUGCGCCUGUACCGACACCGACACCGACGCCGCCAAUUUACGCUGAGUAUCAGCCGACGCAGCAGCCACAGCAGCCGCAGCAGCCGCAACAUCAACCGCAAUUCCAACCUCACUUCCAGCAACAGCCCCAACCGCCGCCUCAAACACCGCAGCAGCUGCAGCAGCUACAGCAACAGCGUAGCCCCCAAGUCUUUCCGGCGGUACCGCAAUAUGCUCAGUUCUCUCAGCCGCCCAUGGGUCAAUCUCAGGCCGUGCCAGUCCUGAACCAGACUUUCGCAGAGCCUUCUCCAGUUCAACCGAGUCCCGAGCCUCACUUCACAAACUCGCCAAUUGUACAGCCGGCACGAUCACCUAGCAUAGCGAGAAAGUCACCUGCGAUAUCCUCGAUGAACUCUCCGGCCAUAUCUUCCAGAGGCUCUCCCGCCUUAUCGACGAAAGCAAGGUCUUACGACACGACGACGAUCCUUGUUCAUGUGGCAGAAGAGUGUUUCGAGAAGGCGCGCCGUGGUCUACAAAGAGUUGCGGUAUCUGGGUCAGACGAGCAACUACGCGAGUAUCAAAAGUUGAUUACAACUGGUCUAGCAUGUCUCGAGGCUGCAUUCCAAAGCAAUCGUCUGUCUCCGAGACAAGAGGCGAAAGCAAGAUUGAGAUAUGCGUCUAUAUUGUGUGAUGAGACUGAGAAUCUUCAAGAGGCAGAAACAGCCUUGAGCAAGGGCAUCACCAUCUGCGACAAGCAUAGAUACGCCGAUCUCAAGUACUGUAUGCAAUAUCUUCUGCUCAAGGUACUUUUUCAGAGGAACCAGAAGGCAGCAUUCAUCGCCGUUGACAAGAACAUUGCGGACUGUCUCACGUUCAAACACAUACACUGGGUUUACGCCUUUCGUCUGUUGAAGGCCACGUUCCAUGUCCAUGCGGGUAGUCCACCCGAUGCGGCAGUGCUGGACAACUUGCGCGCUAUUGCCGUUUUAGCGGGCGAGCGAGGGGACAACGCGAUGGUUGUCUUCGCCUCCCUCUUGGAAGGCUUGUCGGUGCUGAGGAACAUGCGCCCUGACACCAUCGAACGAGUGCAAACUUGUCUGGCGCAGGCCACCAAGUUUCAACUGGAUCCCUCCGUUCAGAUUCCGCAGCUGGAUGUUUUGACGCUGUUGCUCGACCUUGCGUGUAGCAUGCACCAGAAAACGCCCGAUAUCUUGAUUCACAAACUGAGAACACUUCAAGCAAAGCUUGAUGCAAACUUGGGAUCCCAGACAUGGACCGAUCUAAACCCUGAGAUCUUGAUCCCUGUCAAGAAGCACAACGCAACUUCGGCAACCCUCAGCGAUGAUACCUCUGCAAUCCUCCGAUCUGGUCCAACCAACGGGCAACACGACUACAUUGUCAUGACUUUCCUGAACAGGCUGGAGAUUAUAGUAUUGACCUAUACGUUCAGUGGUUUAGCCGGCAUGUAUCGCCCUGGUUCGGAUCCUAAGAGGAGUCACGAAUUCUGGAAGGAGGGAUUCGAUGUAUUGGCAAAAUGUAAGUGGAACAAGGAGAUAGCCCCCAGUGUUCCUGCGGCAUCCCUACGCGAGUCGAUGGAGCAGUCUAAAUGGAGGACCGAAAUCUUUUGUUACUUGCAAGCUCUGACAGGGCUGUACUUUGCAACGCACAGUCAAUGGCCCAAGGUCGAACAGUGCGUGGCACAACUGCAGCAGGCUAUCACGCCAGCUGUGAACGAAAUCUUUAGCGUAUUCUCGCUAUACCUCUCCGGGGUUUAUCAUCAAGGCACCGGUGAUUUGGAGACUGCUCUAUUGUUGUUCGAAGACGAGAGGUUGAGUAUCGAUGCAGGCCGUGGGGGUGCAGGUGGCAGAAAGCCUGCUAAGCUGGAGCUGUGCAUACUUGCUGCGCUGAACCGUAUCUGGAUCCUUCAGGAUUCAUCUUACCGCGACGAGAUGACAUCUACUGAUCUAUUGGACCAGUUGCGGCCGAUGUGUACGGAACACCAAGAUCCAGACAUCCGCACCGCCUUCAAUCUCGUACAGGCAACGGCUCAGACGAUGCCCCCGCCAUCUAUGCACCAAAUCAAAACGAGUAUAACGAACUCGUUGAAUGGGUCUCGGGUGACAGGUAACACGCAUUGUCUGGCGAUAGCCCUCAGCAUUAUGCGGUCCAGACUGUUCGAUAAUGUGGUGGGCGAACAGGCUCUUAAAAGCGCAAGGGCAGCUUCGACACAGGCGAAGCGGAGCGGAAACUUGCUUUGGAUGAGUGUGGCGGACGGUAUGCUGGCUGAUUCUUUCGAAGUCCAAGCACUCUUUGCAGACGCCGAAGCAGCGCGGCAGACAGCCACGGACUAUGCGUCUCACGCAUUCACUGGGAAGGAGCUACAAAUCGUGCCUUUUUCUCCAAUGCUUCCACCAUGUCGGACGCGACCCUCUUUCUUCCAGACCACCGCCCUGGUUGGCGACCGAGGCUAUAGGGUGAGUAGCCCGAACAAGAAAUCGACAGCAACGUCAGGCCCAAAAGACGAUGCAGAACAUAGCAACGAUGCAAUACCCGAUGCCGAGGUCAAUACUAUGAAAGAUAGCCAGGUCAAGGCUAAGAGCGGCUUGGAACCCAGGAGCAAAGAGAAAUCUAAGAGCAAUACGGAACCUCGGAGCGAUGCGAAACCCAGGGGCGGACGGACGACAAAGUCAAUGAAGCCACCACCUAAGAAAACUUCCCCUAAAGCUCAAUCGAAAGCCGGGGCACCGUCAAGCAGGAAGACAUCAGCCAAACAAGGAAAGCCCACCGAUAGCGAGAAGCCGGUCGACGCCCAACCAGCACCCGAGGUUAUAAAACAGGUUUUUGAGUCUCUGAAGAAGCUUGAGCAAAGCUACGCCUCCAUCAAUAGUAGGCUUUCGAAUAUCAAACAAGGCACCACGGAAGCGACCGCCGAAGGAGCCAAAGCAGGUUCUGGGAAGAAGGGGGAACUGGACGCAUUCGUGGCGAAACAGAGCGAUAAGUUGGGUGGGAAGCUCAAGAUGAUUUCUGGCACUCUGGACGUUCUGAAGAGCGUCUUGCGCUCGCAGUCAAUACCCCUCGACCACCUCGCAAAGAGGCCAAGUGCCACGAAAUCGUCGGGCACCACAUCAGGUGACGCUUCUAGGCCCAAAGGCCAAUCUCGGCAAGCUCAAUCUCAGUCCCUACCGCGUGGCAAGGCCAGAAAGGAUGAGAUGCGGGUAAAGGUGCGAAAGGUUCUGCUUGGUGAGGAACGAAAGCCGAUACCUCAAGAUCCAGUGAAAGCCUCGUGGACGUCACUUGAGAAUCGCCUCACUGGCGUUGACAAGGCUCCACUGGUUUUGGCGGCAGCGGCCGCUGGUGCAUCAGCUCUUGGCGCAGCUCGUUCUGCCACCGACACAGCUACCGACGCAACAGCUGCGAAUGAAACAGCGAAGAACGACAGCGAAGCACCCCCAACCAAGCCCAAGAGGACCAAGAAAUCCGAAAAGCCUCUUGUCAAUGUGAAGAGAGUGCACGCGGAGAGUCUUCGCUUAGUGCCCGUCGAAAUACCAGACGUUCCCGACGUGCCAAAACUCGCUUACGGCCUGGACAGAGUCUUGUUCAACCCUGGAGUAUACCAUAUGCAGGAUCCCCGCUCGCGAGUCUUCAACUUUGAUCCUUACCUCGGCGAUAUCAUGCCGAUCAGCGAGUUUGACUUCAAUGCGCUCCAGAAGUAUGAAGUACACCGGCUCAACAUCAAGCAUGACUCAAACGCUGUCCCAUUUCCACUUCUUGCUUUCUGCUAUUCUGAGUAUGCUCGGAAAGUCAAUGGAGAAGCAGUUGACGCUGCCGCGAGAAGAGUUCGAAAAGUAUCGCCGUGCCAAUUCCGAUCAGAUCACCGAGGAGGAGCGCAAUGCUGCAGAAGCCUUCCAUUACACUACCAUGGGCGAUUUCCUUAUGCGUUCUCAACUGGAUGCGUAUGA